GCGGCUGUCAUCAACUUUCCUUUCACGUCCGUACUGUGCUAUAUUCUUUAGUCUGUGAUCCAAAAUGGCGCUGAAAGCACUUGUCGGGCAAAAAAUUAUGAAUGAAGUGAUCCGCUACCGCGGACCAAAGGGGAAGGAGUCCCAGCGCAUUGACUGGAGAAUCCUCAUUGUGGAUCAACUCUCAAUGCGCAUGGUCUCCGCCUGCUGCAAGAUGCAUGACAUCUCUGCAGAGGGCAUUACAUUGGUUGAAGACAUUCACAAGAAGAGAGAGCCGCUCUGUACCAUGGAUGGCAUCUACCUCAUUACUCCACUGGAGAACUCAGUCCGUGCCUUGAUCAAUGAUUUCUCAGUAGGGAACCGCAUUAUGUACAAAGCGGCUCAUGUUUUCUUCACUGAAGUGUGUCCCGAGGAACUGUUUAAUGAACUCUGCAAGUCAUCGGCAGCAAGGAAAAUCAAAACGCUUAAGGAAAUCAACAUUGCGUUCUUACCUUACGAGAGUCAGGUAUUCUCGUUGGACUCGCCGAACACGUUCCAGCACAUGUACAACCCGAACCACGCGGCGUCCCGCAACGCGAGCAUGGAGCGCAUCGCGGAGCAGAUUGCGACGCUCUGCGCCACGCUCGGAGAAUAUCCCUCCGUCAGGUACCGCAGCGACGGCGAGCGGAACGUUGAGCUUGCUCAGCUCAUCCAGCAGAAACUUGAUGCGUACAAAGCUGACGAGCCCACCAUGGGCGAGGGACCGGAGAAGGCGCGCUCGCAGCUGCUGGUGCUCGACCGCGGCUUCGACUGCGUGUCGCCGCUGCUGCACGAGCUCACGCUGCAGGCCAUGGCCUACGACCUGCUGCCGAUCGAGAACGAUGUCUACAAGUACGAGGCAUCGCAAGGACAGAUGAAGGAGGUGCUCCUGGACGAGAACGACGAGCUGUGGGUGGAGCUGCGCCACCAGCACAUCGCCGUCGUGUCCACCUCCGUCACCAAGAACCUCAAGAAGUUCACCGAGUCCAAGCGCAUGGGUGGAGGAGACAAGCAGUCCAUGCGAGACCUGUCCCAGAUGAUAAAGAAGAUGCCGCAGUACCAGAAGGAAUUGUCAAAAUACGCGACCCAUCUCCGCCUCGCCGAAGACUGCAUGAAGGCCUACCAGGGCUACGUCGACAAGCUCUGCAAAGUUGAGCAGGAUCUGGCCAUGGGCACUGACGCGGAGGGUGAGAAGAUCAAGGACCACAUGAGGAGCAUCGUGCCAGUGCUCCUUGAUCAGUCCGUGGACAACAACAACAAAAUGCGCAUCAUCGCCCUGUACAUCAUGUCCAAGAACGGCAUAUCCGAGGAGAACCUGAACAAGCUCGUGUCGCACGCGCAGCUCGAGCAGUCCGACAAGCAGACGCUGCUCAACCUCGCCUACCUCGGGCUCAACGUGGUCGUCGAUGGCAACAGGAAAAAGCAAUACCAGGUGACGAGGAAAGAGAGGAUAACGGAACAAACAUACCAAAUGUCGCGAUGGACGCCUGUCAUGAAAGACAUCAUCGAAGACGCAAUCGAAGACAAACUUGACCAGCGCCACUUCCCGUACUUGGCGGGCCGCGCUCAGACCUCGGGCUACCAGGCGCCCACCAGCGUUCGCUACGGUCACUGGCAUAAGGACAAGGCGCAGCAAACCGUCAAGAACGUUCCGCGUCUCAUCGUCUUCGUCGUUGGAGGCGUGUGCUUCUCCGAGAUUCGCUGCGCGUACGAGGUGACCGCCGCUCUCAAGAACUGGGAGGUCAUCAUCGGCUCCUCGCACAUCCUGACUCCCGACAACUUCUUGUCCGAUCUCAACUCCCUCACCGCCUAACUUUAACUGAACGUGGCGCACAUCGUCAACGUCAACCAAUCAUCAAACUCACAGCCACUAGUCUAACUUGCCCGUCUACCCGUGUGCCGGCAGUGAAGCGUUGGCGGACGGGCUCUUCAGACAUUUUGGAUCACGGGGACGAAGUCUUUUGACAUUACUAAAUUUAUUAUUACCGUAUUGUGCGUUCGCUUAACAUAUAGUGAAAUAUUCAGCAAUAAAGUAACUAAAUGAAUUAUACAAACUGCAAUCAAGCGUACGAGAAGUCGAAAAACUAAGACAGAAACGAAAUAUUAAUCAUAAUUCCGGGCACCAGUUUUAUAUAGAUUAUUUGACGCUGUCACUUUGUGUCUUGUGUCUUCGGCUUCGUUUCUGUCAUAGACAUCAUAGUUCAUUAUGUGUUAGUAAUUGUCUAGACGGCGCUCGUGUCCGGUAGCCGUAGUAUUCCGCUAGCUAAUUGUUCAGCGGUGUGCCGCGCCCGUACCGUAGUGCAAGGCUAGAUGCACCUCCAUGUGAUACCGAACUUGAACGGCGCCGCGUAGGAGUAGACCCCCGCCGAUGCGGGCUAAUAGAUUAUUUAGCACUCGUGUAAAACUUCAGCGAAUAUUUUUAAUGUUUGUACAAAUUUCCAUAUUUUAUAUUGUUUAAUUAUUUGUUAUUUAAAUUAAGUUGUUAAAAAAACUAUCGCGUUCCCGCGCAUAUGUAAAAUAUGUUUAAGAUGAGUUACAUUUGCAAAAAUCAGAAUUAUUUAAUAUUGGUUACAUUAUAUUUGUAUUAAUUAUUCGAGUUUAAAAUACAAAACGUAACCUUUAUAUGAAUGAGAAUUGAGAAAAAAUGUGAUUACGAAAAGUAGUUGCCUCGGUAGGUUUAGCGGUGUUUUUAAUUUUGUUUAUGACAGAAGAUUUGUUAGUGUUUUAUCUACUAAAUGGUUAAGAAAAUUGGUACAUACACGUACCGCCCGUUCAAUUCCGACAAGAUACUAGAAUAUUAAUAUUACAAUAGAUAAACGAGUUUAUCAUUGUUUGGCUACAUCGUUUUCAGCUUAUUUUUAAUGUUUCAUGUAGAUUUAACGGCGAACAAAAACUAUACAAAGAUUUAAUUAAGCUAAGUAUAGCCAGUGUAAUGUGUGCUGUCAAACCGAUGACGAUGAUCUUCAUAUUUAUAAUAAAAUUAUUCAUUGAAAGAAAAAGCGUAUUGAUUACGCAUUAAAUGUCAAGAAACAAACACUUGUAUGUUGCAUAUUACGAGCAUCCAUUUGUCUGUUUCAUAUAUUGUUAUUUAGAUUUGAAGAAGUAGGGAUAUAGCUGUAAACAUUGCUUCUUCAUGAUUUAAUGCCAAAUUUAAGAAAAAAGAUCUUAUAGCGUGUUUACAUUAGGUCGUGUGUCGUAUGCGGGAAUCGACCCCGUAUAAAUACGCCCUUGCACCUGCCUUGGCCACACCGCUCGAAUUUGUAAGCAGACUGUUGCAGCGCUCCGGCAGGCGCUGGCAGCCAAUAGGGUUAAAAAUGCCAAUUGCCACAUUAGAGGCUCUUGCGCCUUGGGCUUAGGCCCAGAGCCGCAGGCGCCUUUACGGGCUAGACUUUGGUUCUGGACUCUGUACCUUAAUGCAUUUAUGGAAAGAACAUCUCGAUUUGAUCGAUCAUUCAGUUCAGAAGACCCAAAACUUGAGUAUUUUUUUCGGGUUCCUCAAAUGAAAUGUCAUUCUUAUUUGAUCGCUUUCCAGUUUUCUGCUAUUUUCAAUAGUUAUGGUGUUCCCACAGUGGCUGUAAACAAAUGGCCGCACUAUUAAUUUUUUUUCACUUAUUUAAUAAACUUAAGUAGAAACGGACCGCGAUGGUCAUUUUAUUUAAAAAACCGGAGCCCUGAAGAAUGUAACAUUUAACGUAACAGCCUGUGAGGGACCACCAUGAAUAGUAUUUUCUGUUGUUUUGAAAUGAACAAGUUGGCUCUCCGAAACGAGCUGGUAUUUUGUAACCCCAACUGGUGCCGGCCAUCGUGUUGUAUUUUAUAUAUAGGAUUUCACUAGUGAUAAUUCUUUAUAAUGGUUACUCUCUAACGAUUAAAGUUGUUAUUGUCUUGACGUCGCCUUUAUUAAUGACUUCAAAUUGUCUACAUUCCAACUUCUGAUUGUCUAGGAGUUAAUCUUUCACGCACUUGUGCUUUUUCAUUCUUCCACAGUAUAUUAUAUAGUUGAUAACUUCGACAGUUAGUUAUUUUAACAAAUAAGUAUAGAGUACUUUAAAAUACUAAAUUCCAGGCUCGAGUAUAGGAUUUGGUUAUGCUAGGGUCCCGUUCGUGUGUCGUUUGAUUGCUUUUUGCGUAGAAUUCGGGCCCAGCCUAAACUCCUCGCUGCGAGACUAACACUUUGGGCGUCAAACUUGAAACACGGAUGCCAUUCAUGCCCCGGUAAUACAACAAACGUGAUAUAAUGUUGUCAUUUUAAGCUCUGAUUUUAUAUUAUAUUCGGGUUAAGCUUAGAAGAAGAGUACAGCAAUAAUAAUAGUAUAAAAACAUGUUUAAAUAAGACAGUUAUUAGUUUUAAUAUUAUAUCACGUAAUUAGUGUAAUUGCCCGUUACAGAAUUUAUGUUCACGAGGCUGAAUGAGAGAAACAUAGUUUUCUGUGUCGAACUACACUGGAGUCAACGUGAAUGAAUCGUUGGCGCUCAAAAUGUUAAUCGUUGGAACCUAGGGUCACUUGAAUACCGUUAUUAAAUUCGACUAGUCGUAUUAUAUGUAAUUGGACGUGUUUACAUUAUCUUAAAUAUUUACCGAUGUUAAUUACUUGCUGAAACCAUCUAAGACAUAGAGCUGUAUAAUCAGGAGUAAAACCAUAAUACAUGUAAAUUUUUUCCCCAGACAAGGUUUGAACGCCUGGCUAGAUGGCCUAUACAUCAUUAGAAUACUAUGACUUUACCCUUGGCUAUACGAGUAGUAAAAUUAAGUACAACAAAAUAUAAGUAUUAUGCUACUGAAAUAACUAUGCUUAACCGAUCGUAUCGUAGUUGAGAUGUUUAACCAAAAAAACAGUUAAACUCAAAAGUAUACAAUUUAAUUAAUUUAACAUGAUAUGUUAAACAGAUUGAGUAGUACACUUACAAUCAUGGCAUUUUCUAGAUAGUAUAUCAAUAUAAAAUACUAUUUUUUCGAAAUAGAUGGGACAUUCACAUUUUAAUAUAUAACUAGACAACUUUAUAAUAGCAACAUACUUCAUUAUCAGUAUUAAAGUGUUGAAACGUUUAUUAAAUUAUAUAAUCGUCUAA